AUGGCUGCAUUGGUUCAAACGAUUCCGCAACACACUAGCACGGUCCCGGUGCUCCAGACGCGUCCUUCCUCCUCUUCAGGCACUUUUGCCUCCUCAUCACAGAUCCAGGCUUCCCGCUAUCAGAAUAUGUCGUGGAGCUCCCUCAAUGCUGGCAAUUCAGGUUCAUAUCGAACUGGUCAACCAAUCGUGGCUCCCUACGCCUUCGCAUCAAAUUUGGGUCAUCCUUCGAGCCCCCAACAACAUCGACAGUCGUGGUCUCCUCAUCUCCGGCCGGAACACCGCACAUCUUCUGCCCCUACUGUCGCCCAAGGGCCAAUGAUGCCUUACGGGGCCACCCCUCGAGUCGCCCAUCCUGCAGCUGGUUCUGUAUCGAAUACUUCCUCUUCUACCCCAUCUUUUCAUUCCUAUGUUUCCAAGGACGACAGCGCAAUCCCCUCCAGGAAACUGAGGGGUGACCAGCCUCUACGUCCUCUUUCCACCGCCAACCUUCCAACUCCCUCCAUCAUGAACAUUUCCUCGCCCGCCGGGUCUGCUAAACCUUCCCCGAAUCGAUAUCGCCGGCCCCAGCGUGCUGAGGGUGCACGCGAUCAGUCACCCGCACCCGUUCCGGCAUCGGCAUCGGCAUCGGCAUCACCUGCUGAGGAGAAGACAGCCCCAAUUUUCCCUGUUCGACCUGCUCUUCGACCUACUCACAGUCGCGUCUCGAGCGUAGAUGGUGUGUCUCAUGCAGAGAAAGUGGCCCCAGAGCGAUACCGUCGACGAAGUUUGGGCAACAUGGACUCUGCAGCUAUUCCUAACCUGCAACUUCCGCUACCCACCCCGACUUCUUCAUCGCCCCAACCAGGCUCAUACGAUUUCAUUUCGUUCGACUCGAAUCCCCGACCGCACUCAUCGCACUCCCGUCGGGAUAGCUCAGGAAGCAUCCACUCACGACGUUCUUCAGGUUCUUCGGCUCGAGCUGGGUCCCCGGACUCUAGUUCCGUGACUAGCAAGACCGGAAAGCCGGACGAGAAGAGAACCAGCAAGCCUUCGCCCCUCUCCCAACCCGCAGCCACGUCCCACGACGCGCCUACGAGUGGACCUGAAGCAACCCACUUUACGCCCUCCUCGCCACCGUUGGACUCUCCUGCAGCCAAGCGUCUUGCUGAACUGAAGAAUGUUGCUAACCGCCCCGGCAAAUCACGCUUGAGGCGUGCUUUCUCUUUCGGUAGCGCCUCCGAGCUUUUGAAGAAUUCCGGAGAGAGUCGUGCCGCCAAAAGAGAAGCCCUCGCUGCGGAGAAACUUCGUCAAGAAGCCUUGCUGGAGGAAUUGGGACCUGAACAAGCUGCCAUUGCCAUGCAACAAGAAGAGAGCGGUCUCGGCGAAAGCAUCUAUUCUCAUCAGGGUGGUUUAUUCUCUCGAUCUACCGAUGCCCUCUCAGUAUCAUCCACGGCGUCAUCGGCAUCUAUGAUGCUACGAAAAAUGGGCAAAGGUAUGAAGAAGGGUGGUCGAUCUCUCGUCGGCAUGUUCCGUACCAAGUCGGUUGCUAGUAUAAAGUCGAUCGAAGGCGCAGCUGAGCCGAUAGCUGCUCCUCAAAUCACCGUUGUCAAUGUCGAAAGAGACAAUGGCGAGACCGUUGCGGUGAAUCCCGAUCCGCAGGAAAUGCCUCGUGGUGGCACAGUCUUUCCUGAGACGCGCAAGAGCAUCGUGGGAAGUGACCGUGAGCGGGCGGAGAUCCUUGCAGCUGUCCGCAAAGGUAUUCUGAAGAAAACCCAUUCCGACUUUGGAAUUUCCUCGCCUGCACAUACGCUCGUCGCAGAUUCGCCGCAUUCCAGUGCCCCGACCACGCCCGAUGAAUCGACGCGGCCUCGCCCGAAUGACCACGUGAAAAUUGAGGGUGAGGACUAUUUCAUUGCCGAGGGCGGACGUUACACUGGUACGGAUGCGAAGAGUGCUCCGAUCACUCCCUCUGGUGUUGGAAGAAAUAUUGCCUUCAGCCCUCGCAUCCAAUUCCACGACACCUGGCCACCUGGCGAGUAUGACCGCCGUGGAGAUAUCGCGACCUGCAACCGCCUGACGCCUCUGCUGGCCCAGCAGAUUCGGGAGGAGAUUAACAACUUUAAAAUGGAGAUGGAGGUUCAUGAAAAUUCCAAGAUCUACACGCACUUCAUUUGA